CCCAUUCAUGUUUGAAAUAUUCUCCGGUGAGCACGAGACACCGUAUCGACUCCCCGGGUUUUGUACAAAAUUGGUUACAUUUUUUCUUUAUUAUUUUCAAGUGAUAAAGUGUGUGGUUUGUAAAAUUAUUUUUUUCUUAAUUUGAAAAAAAAACAUUUUUCUUCUUGCAAAUCAAAAUGACGACUCCUAAUACCCGAGAGUGCUAAAGGACGUUUAAAUAUGUUCUCACAAGGUGAUAAUAUUAAAAAUAAUCAGUUUCGUGAGUUUUUAAUUUUGUGCUGUACGUCGCAAAAAUUUUCAUUAAAAUUUUCCAAUUAUAUCGAUAAAUUAUUUCGAAAACACGAUACUUCUUAUUGGUAAAGGUAUAUUAAUUUCAAAUUACAGAAAAUUACCGCUUUCGUCGUAUAUAUAACUAUCGUACUCGUAAACCUGAUGUUCGUCCGGAAUGUCUUCCAGAUCCGAUUUAUUUAUUUUUUUUUUCUUUUUCUCUUCUUAACUGAUCAUAUUUUAAACGACUUUCGUGUCAGCAGGUCGACAGAAUGAAACAAAAAACAGUGAAGUUGUACGCUCAUUGUCAGUGAUAGCCUGGAAAACAGUUGAGCACGUUUCGCUGCUCCGAAACUGUCAUCCGAUCGUUGGCCGGGUCGAUGUUGAGGACAGCUGAUAUAACCAUUGCAUUUAUAUUACGAAUCACCCGGUAUUGGGUGAUAACUCGCAAUCGGCCGUAGGGCCCGAACUUAGACCCCGGCGAAAGUAUUAUUCAGGAAGCUUGGGUACAGAUGAAGUGUCCAGAUGAAUGUAUGCACAAUACCUAUUUACAUAUAUCUGUACAUAUAUACACAUAUGAAGGUGGUUCGUAGGUUUGCAAUUAAGGAAGCUACACUUCGCAUCUUCACUCGUCGAUCUUAGUUAUCUCCGCAUCGACAGUGAGAGAAAAAGAGAGAAAUAAAGAGAAGAGAGAGUGAGGAGAAGAAAUUAUUCAACCACACGCGGGCCACGUGCAGUAUAAUUAUCAUCGUUGGGAUCGUACACCUUAUAUACUUUACGCUACCUAUGCUCCAUGCAGAGUAUAAAUUGACUGCUUAGUUAUGAUAUAGUGAAAUAGAGCGGAAGCCCAUCGUUUCAUGCGUACGCGAUUCGGAUGUGUAUACCCUCCAUGUAUAAUUCGAUGCAAGGAGACAUCCUGCCAAAACUUGAAUCAAAAGAAAAAUAGGGUUGCACAAUUUUUCAAUUACAAUUACAAUUACUAAUCAGUAGAUCGUAGUGUUUCCGCAAUCGAAGUUGGAAGUAGGUAUCUAGCGUAAUACAUCGCUUGGUACGAGUUGUAUCUGACAGCGAGCGAAAAGAAUGGAAUUUUCAGCUCUUCGCCGGUGCUCGAUCAGCUUUUGACAUUUCGGAAGAAUCGGCUGGAGACAGGCCAGAAAUUUAUAAAGGAUAGUUGCGAUUAUAUCGGGGUCAAUUUUGCAAUGCGUACCACUUUUAUAUUAUGGCCGUGCGGUAAAAGUAGCGAGCAAUAACCCGAAGGAUAUAUGAAAAUAUGUAUUCAUAUGAAUUUAUUUAACAGCGGUAUAGAUUUUGGCGAAAAUUCCAAAUCUACUUUAUUAGAGUGUAUUUAGAAAGCUCCACAUAGCAGAUCUGUGAAUUUCUAUGUACAUGACGCCAGACGGCUUGGAAGCUCUGCUGAAAAUGUAAAUUUUUUUAGUGUCGGAUUAUACGUAACAUAUACAUAUAUAUAUAAUAUACACAUACAUAUAUAUGUGCAUACAUUCGAAGCCGAUGUCUUUCCAAAAUUGCAUAACAAUUUUACGACCUUGGCGUCAUUAGCGCGAAUCGCAAGUUGAAAGAUUCGAAUACUUGAUUAUUAUAUAAAAUACUUCAUACAAGUUUACAGUGAUUCGUAACAGUUAGAAAUACUUAUGCGCUCGGUGAAUUUCUCGUGAUGUACUUGAAUUACUUUUGUUCAUUUUGAACUUUUAAAAUUACUUUAAACCUGAAAGAGAAAAACGUAAAAAAAAAAACGAUCGGUCAUCUCCGCGAUCUCCGAUGCGCGAAAAAUUUUCACCAGUCUUGAAUAUCUCUGUACAAAAAUUGCGAUGCGGGAAUCGAGCAUCUUCGAAUCUCGGAACACGAAGUAAAUCCGGGGGCAAUCGUCGCUCUAUAGGCACCUUAACUCCGAUAAGUUUCGCGCUCUCUGUUAAAACCAAAUAAUUAACUGAAAACGUUCGAGGCGUUCUCGGUAUAACGCGUGUGUCGUAUCUCCAGUUUUACUACGGUAAUGCGGACUUCCGAAUGUCACGAUGUCCGCAAAACUAACGGAGGCUAUCAAAAUGUCGGAUUACAAAUGACGGUGAAACUGAUCUAAUUUUAUCGGAAAUUGGCACGGUGUGUCCGACGAAGAAGAGAAAAAAAAAAAAAAACAACUUACGAAAGAACAUUAAAUAAUAAUUAAAUACCAAUGAAACUAUCGUCAGUGAUUAAAAUGUAAAGUGUGAAACGAUCAAGGUCUCGCGGGGAUAUUCGUUUUUUUUUUUUUUCAAUUUUUUGGAUUUAAUAAUUUAUUCAGUGUAAAUAUAAUACAGCAGACAAACUAUAAAUGAUUUUAUUCGAGUGGUGGAAUAAAAACUAAAAACUUUACACCAAAAAAUCAUUCUUCAUAAUAGUAGAGAUAUAAGAGAGAUAAAAUUAGAAAAAAAAAAUGAGAUUCCAAGGCGUUGAUCUAAUGGUGGCAGUGCUAUUGAUUUUGCCGACGAUAAACGCGGCAACGUUCCGAGAUAUGGUGCUAAAUUUAUUCCAGACAGUAAGGGACAGUAACAUUAGUAUAGUUUACCCAGAAACGAAAGACGGUGUGAGGAGACAACCGAAGAUCGACAAACACGUCCCAUUCCCAUGUGACGUCAGAGGAGGCAGAUCGAAAUCUCGGCCGGACAGUGUACAUCGAUUGCGACCCGGAGAUAUCGACGUCGUCGGCGCCCUCGGCGAUUCUUUGGUCGCCGCAAACGGUGCCAUGGAAGAAUUUGCACUGGGCACCUUCAUAGAGGCGCGAGGGGUCAGCUGGUGUGCCGGGGGCCAGGGUGAUUGGCGGCAGUUUUUAACGUUGCCAAACAUAAUGAAGGAAUUUAAUCCUGAUCUGACGGGCUACUCCACAGGAAAUGGGGAAUUCAUUUCAAAGCAUGCUAAGCUCAACAUCGCGUUUCCUGUCGCUGCGACCGAAGACGCUUUACACCAGGCGCGCAUUCUUGUUCGGAGAAUAAAGAACGACCCCGCUAUCGACAUGAGGAGAGAUUGGAAGCUCAUCACGAUUUUCUUCGGAGCGAACGACAUUUGCUCCGCCCAAUGUUACAGUCCGCAGGAUUUUUCGCCGUCGCGGCACGCUCUCCACUUGCGAAGAACGUUGGACUACCUGAGGGCCACCAUGCCGAGAACUUUGGUCAACGUGGUUCCGGUUUUAGACGUUACCGUGUCCAUCAGAGUUCCCCCGAGCACAAUGUGCAAAAUAUUACACCCGUUAUACUGCGCCUGCAUGCACGAAGGAAAUCAUCCGGAAAUGUACGGAUCGUCCAUGUCUCGGCAGUACCAACAGGCGGCCGAAUCUCUGGUGUUAUCUGGAAGGUACGAUACGACGCAAGAUUUUGCGGUGGUAUUUCAACCGUUUACGGAACUAUUCAACGCGCCAAAUUCUGACCCCCUGAGAGCGGAUCGACUCGACCAGAGUCUGGUCACUUACGACUGUUUUCACUUCAGUCAGAAGGGUCAUGCCCUCGGAGGAAACCUCUUGUGGAACAACCUGCUGGAGCCCGUUGGAAAUAAAACUAAUAAAGGGACGCCUAAAAUCCUGGACAGGCUCGCGUGUCCGACCGCGAGAAACCCCUACAUUUUUACAAACGUCAAUUCCCGGCAUUUCUACGCGACUGGAAGCCAGGAAGGAAUAGUACCGACUAGAUAGCAUGCCGCACUGAUCGUAGUUAUGUAAUUCUCAUAAUUUAUCGAGAAUUUUGUAUUUUUGUAAAUAUUUGUAUUUUAACAGUUGAAUUAGGUAUGAUAUGUGUAUGUACAGUGUGUAUCCUCUGGGAUUUAUUAUUUAAAACCGUUGUCAAUGGGGAUCAAUUUUUCACGAUCCCUGACAAUAAGAUUACCUCGGAUAACGGCAUUAUUUAUUUAGAAAAAGAGAAGAAAAGAAACAUCGUUAAAUUUAAAGCUAGUUAAUAAAUACCGCCAUCUGUUAUUGCUGCAAAUUUGCUCACCGUUUUAUUUCACAAUUUAAAAAUUGAAAUAAUCAGCAUUGUCAAUUUUUCCUACACCUAUAAUUACUGAUUAACGAAACUCGUGACGGCCUUGGUCACUCCAUAUUAUAUGAAAUUUAAGCGUGGGAAUGAGCAUGAGACAAAAACAGAAACGACAAUUUGAUGCUGCAACGAUAACUGUUAGUCGUUUUUGUCGCGAUGCUGUAGUAGACAAUUAGCGUACUUCAGACGAACUUGAACUACUCGCAAUCAGAAGAAUGAAGUAAUGAUAAUUGCUACUCAAAGCGAUUUGGUGAACUAACGCGAACGUUGUACAAGGACGUAAUGUAAUUAAUUGUUACCUUCCCAGACUACGACGAAAGGAAAAAAAAAAAAAAGACAAAAGAAGAAAUACUUAAUUGUGCGGUACAACAACAUCACGUGUCUAAUCAUAACCUGAUUCGCCGGACACCUAAAAAAAUUCUACAAACUUCAGACGAACUUUGAAAACUAGUAUGUUAUAAUAUAUUCUCUAUUUACCCCGUGGCAGUUGGGCCGAAUUCGCCGACGAAAUUCAGUCAUGACGUGCAUACGAUUGACUGGGCUGUGACGUGGCGUUGUGCAACAACGAAACGUCAGGAAUUUUCAAUUUAAUAACAAACGCAAGAGGUGUGAGUUAUUUAAAAUCGUCGAACAGUUACGCCCGAAAUUAUACGCGUAGGUUCAGCGAAGUAUAAUCGAACGAGCGUUCAACAGGCUAAAUAAAUUCACCCAGUUGUAACGAA